UCUAUACGCUUUUUGGUCAAAUUUUUGCGAUUGUAAUUUUAACUGUUGCAGCUGCAGAAUCUGCCAUUGGUUUAGCUAUUAUGGUUAACUAUUAUCGUUUACGUGGUACAAUUGCUGUUCGAGCCUUAAAUUUAUUGAGAGGUUAACCCUAAAUUAAAAUGAAUCAGAUACCUAUGCAAUAUUUUAACUUAGCAGAGGAGAAUUAUUCUAAGUAUGGAUUAUCAGUCAUCCAGCUUAUUCAAAUUGGUAAGUUCUAUGAACUUUGGCAUGAGCCUGACACCCCUAGUAGGCAACAAGCAUACUCUCAAGCCGAGUUAUUAAUUGAGUCCUCCAUGCGGAGUAAGCCUUUAGAGGUGAUGCCUUCUAUUGAACAAGUUGCCUCUUUACUUGAUAUGAAAAUCAUUAGAAGAUCUUUACUUCAAAUGGGGUUUCCAACUUAUUCCCUUACUACUCAUUUAAGUACUUUAUUGAAUAAGGGUUGGACUGUUAUAGUUAUUGAUGAAUUAGUUACUGGUAAAUCGGGGCCAAAACAACGUGCAGUAUCUCAGGUUUAUUCUCCUAGUUGUAACUUAGAGGAUUGUUCGGAAUUACCAUAUGUAUUAUCAAUCUAUUUUUCUCAGGACGACUUAUUGGGUAUUACUUUAUUUUCAGCCAUGAAUGGUCAUAGUAUAAUGUUUCCUGUCUCUUGGAUGGACAGAGAUAAAGUAGUUCGGUUAUUAAUUAAUUAUCGUAUUAGAGAAAUAGUAAUUUGGGCAAAUUCAGAUGGUGAUUCAGAAAUUUUAAUAAAUAAAAUAUAUAAUUUAUUAAUUGGUUGGAAUUUAUUUCCCUCUGAACCCAAUGUUAAAAUUGAAGUUAUGGGAGAAGCGCCAAUCAAUUUCCCAUGUUAUUUUUCUUUUAGGUACGAAAAUGAUAAUAAGGAGUGGCUUUUGUUACAUAUAUUUUUGGGUAUUAACGCAGAGUGGUUUAACAAAAAUUAUCAAGAAUAUACUCUUAGUAAGAUAUUUCAAAGUACUUGGACAGAAGAUGUUAAUCAGGUAAAUAUAAUUAGCCUUUUAGGAGCAUUACAAUUUAUUAAAGAUCGAAAUCCCAAUCUUAUUAAGAACUUACAACUUCCCGAGUGUUACAAUUCUGUUAUUAGUCCUUUAAACUUAAUAUUGUGUAAUCAAGCAGAAUAUCAAUUAGAUUUAUUGCCUAAGGGGAAAAAACUAGGUGGUCUACUUAGUUUAGUUGAUUAUUGUUCUACUGCAAUGGGUAAAAGACUACUAAAAUUCAGACUUCUUAAUCCUAUUACAGAUUAUUCUGAAUUAAAUUUUCGUUAUGAAGAUAUUGCUACAUUUAAACAAUUAAUUAGCGAGAAAAUCUUUGACAAUUCCGAGUUAAAACACAUUAAAGAUUUAUCUUCUCUACACCGUCAAUGGGCAAUAUCUGCUUCAAGUGAUAUUAUCUUACCACCUAAAAAGCUUAGUCAAAUUUAUCAUUCUUAUUUAUUUGCUAAUCAAUUAAUAAACAAAUUAAUAAAUAAUAUUCAAUUACCCCCCUCAAUUAAGCCCCAAUUAGAAUCGUUAAUCAAAGCAAUAGGUCUAAUUUUCCAGGUAGAUAAUCUUCUAGGCGAUUUUAAAGAUGUAUUACAACCAUCUGAUAAUCUAACCAAGCUUCUUUCACAACAAACUUUAAGGGCCCAACUCACAAAGUGGGCCGAGCAGACUUCAAACAUUGUGUUUCAAGAUACAAUUUCUAUUAAAGUUGAUUGUUUUAAUAAAGAGGGUUAUGCUUUCUCUAUUUUAUCUAAAAAUCUAACUAAGUUAGAACAUUACAUGACUAGUGCCUCUAUAUCUAAUAAUUCAAUUAUUGUGUUGGGUAAAAGAAGAAACUACCUUAUAAUUACUAGCCCCACCAUUCAGAAAGUGUCAAUCGAAUUAAAUUUAUUAGAAGAGCAGAUUAAUGUUUAUGUAAAACAGACUUAUAAACGAGAACUUAAAAGAUUAUAUUUUAGUCAUUUUGAGUUAUUUUCGCCUUUAGAAAAUAUGAUUUCUAGAAUAGAUAUUGCAUUAAGCGGAGCUAUCGCGGCUAUUAAAUUUAAUUAUACUAAACCUUUUUUGACACCAACAAAAUCCCAACAAUCCAAGGGUCUAAUUGAAGCAAUUAAUUUACGACAUCCAUUAGUAGAACAGUUAAACACUCAAGAAGAAUGUGUGGCUCAUAAUAUAAGUCUAGAAGAUAAAGGAAUGUUAAUAUUCUCAGUAAAUGGCGCAGGUAAAUCCACUUUACUUAAAGCAAUUGGAGUCAACGUAAUAUUAGCUCAAGCAGGAAUGUAUGUAGCUGCAGAUUCAUUUAGGUUAAGACCUUAUCAUUAUUUAAUUACUCGUAUUUUAGGGGGAGAUGAUCUUCAUAAAGGCCGAGGUACUUUUGAGGUCGAAAUGAGAGAUCUUUCAACUAUAUUAAAGCUAGCUAAUUAUAACAGUUUAAUUUUAGGUGAUGAAAUUUGUCAUGGAACAGAAGUUAGUUCAGGAGCAGCGAUAUUAGCUGCAACAAUUGAAAGAUUAACAACUGCACAAACUAGUUUUGCUCUUUCUACUCAUUUACACCAAGUUUAUUCUUUAAUUGAUUCACCAGUUCGGUUCUAUCAUUUAUCUGUUAUUCAACACGAAGAUUUGGGCCUAAUUUAUGAACGUAAAUUAAAACUUGGCCCAGGACCUUCCCAAUAUGGCAUUGAAGUUAUGGGCCACAUAAUUAAUGACAAAAAAUUUUAUAAUAGUGCUUUAAAAUAUCGUAAACUUAUUAACUGGAAACCACCAUCUCGAAGUGAAGCAAGCUCUUUAGCAGUAUUCCGCCCUUCUAAAUAUAAUACUCGUUUUAUUGAUUCAUGUGAAAUAUGCGGAGCUCCAGCGGAGGCUAUCCACCACAUUCAACCUAAGAAAUUAGGUAGUAGAAGAUUAAAUCGAAGGUCAAACUUAGUGCCAGUUUGCUCAAGCUGUCAUUUAGAUAUACAUAGAAAUAAAAUUUCUAUUUUAGGUUGGAAGAACCCAGGACAUAAGAAAUUAUAUUGGGUUUAUCUUAAUGUCUUAGACAGUGGAACUGAGUAAAGUCUAGGGUCUAUCGGUAAGGACGUAAACACGAAAUAACAAGGGAGAGACUUUGAACUUGUUUAUCCUAACUGAAAAGGGUAAAUUGAAUAGUUAAUUGAAACAUCUUAUUAGACUAUGAGGAAUACAUCAACUGAGAUUCCGUGCGUAGCGGCGAGCGAUAGCGGAGGAAUUGUCUCAAACAGAUAAUUAAGAUGAUUGGACAUCUAGACUAAACCCCGAUAGACACCUAUAGAGAAAGUACCGUGAGGGAAAGACUCAGAAUUGGUUCUAAAAGUUACCUUUUGCAUAAUGGGCCUGCAAGACAAAAUUUGGCAAGCUUAAGUAUUAAUGAAGGCAUAGUGAAAGCAAGAGGAAAAAACUCGUAAGUCAAAUUUCCCGAAACCAAGUGAUCUAACCAUGGCCAGGUAGCUAUUUGCUGACCGAACCAGUGAUUGUGGCAAAAAUCUUGGAUGAGCUGUGGUUAGCGGUGAAAUACCAGUCGAACUUGGAUAUAGCUGGUUCUCUACGAAACUUAUCUUAGUAAGGCGCCCCAAGUUGAUUCGCCCCCAAACCCGGGGGCUUGAAUUACUGGUGCAGUAAGACUAUAGCGAUAAGGCUUCUAGUCAAAGGGUAAGCCCUAACCAGAAAUUAAAGUCACUAAUACAGAUUAAGUGUAUAAAGAGGGUUCAACUUAGACAAACAGGAAGUAGGCUUGGAAACAGCCAUCUGUACAGGAAAACGUAAAAGUUCACUGAAUGAGCUAGAAAACUCUAAAAUCAAGGCGGCUAAAUCUGUAACUAAAAUUCUGGAAGUCAGACCAUAAGGAAGCAACUGGCUUGGUAGUAGAGCGUUCUGUAAGCACGAUAUGUGCAUACUUCGUGAGACAAACAGAAGUGAUAAUGCAGGCAUGAGUAGUACAAGAUUCACUCCCAAAUAAAUCUAUAUACAGCUUCUAAGGGUAUUACGCCCGAUGAAUUAUAAUUCUUGUACUUGUUCAGGAAAAUAUUAUGGUACUUUGUACCUUCAACUGUUAUUAUGGGACUUAGAUCAAGGCAUAAUUUCUCUUAAGGAACUCGGCAAAAUAAGAUCUCGACUGUUUACCAAAAACAUAGCUCUCUGCUAAAGGUUACUGAAGUAUAGAGGGUGAAUUCUGCCCAAUGGUUGUAUAGUGAAACUAAGGACUAACGUCUAAAGCGAAACCCAACUGAAUGGCCGCGGUAACUCUGACCGUGAUAAUGUAGCACAAUAAAUAGCCAAUUAAUUGUUGGCGGGUAUGAAUGGAACCACGAGGGUCUUACUGUCUCAAGAGGAAAGCCGAUGAAAUUAUAGUUGUAGUGAAGAUACUACAUAAUCAUUGUAAGACGAAAAGACCCUAUCGAGCUUUACUGGAUACCAAUAACGUUGACUAAAAAUGAUCGAUACAAGUAUCCUAAUUUUGAGUUAGUAAUUUUGUUGGUAAGACAGUUUAGUUGGGGCGACUACCUUUGAAUAAGAAACGAAGGCGAGCUUAUUGGUAUAAAAGCUAAUCUCAUUAGCCUGACAGUGAGGGGGACACCCCUAGCUGGCACAAGGACAUAGUCCUAUGUGGGCGAUAAUGACCCGAUAUGAUAGUCCAAAAUAAAUAUCGAAAGCGGAUAAAAGCUACCGUAGGGAUAACAGCGUAAUAUUGUCGGAGAGUUCUUAUCGAGGACAAUGUUUGCGACCUCGAUGUUGAAUUGCGGUGCCCUGGUGCUGUAGAAGGUACCUUAGGUUGGUCUGUUCGACCAUGAAAACCGUACAUGAUUUGAGUUCAGAGCGUGGUGACACAGCUCGGUUUCUAUCUACAAUGAUCAAUCCCAACUUUUCUGAGUCCUAGUACGCAAGGAAUGGUCUCAGCGAUGCUCGACUAUAUUGGCCCCAUCGACGUAAUCAACUUCUGGCUGCUGCAAAGAAGGAAAACAAAA